AUGGUCGUAAUCGCCUCAAUCAGCGGCAACAAUUUUAUCGGAGAUGACGGCAAUGGUGGAAGUUGUUAUAGGGCAUCAACUGGUGGUGGUAGUGCAAGUUCUGAAGCGCCAGACUUUUUGUCUGACGGCAAUGAACAAAUGGGAAUUGACUGUUAUGGAAUGGACAGAGAUGUGUUGAACGACUUCGCAAAGUAUUAUAAUAAUGCUCAUCUGAGUGAUUUAACACUGGUUGUUGGCGAGGAAAUAUAUCCCGCACAUCGGCUUAUUCUCUGCAGAAGCAGCGAAGUUUUUGACAGAAUGCUCAGUCAGAAAUGGCAUGGCGAAAAACGGGAAAUUGAAUUGACAGAAGAACCUCAAUGUCAAGCUGUUUUUGGCCAAUUUUUGCGUUUUCAAUACUGCAACCAUGUUGUCUUAAAUUCAGAAAAUGCUUUGCCUAUUCUAAUAUUGGCUGAUAAAUAUAAUGUCACAUGUCUUAAAAAAAUUUGUAUUGAAUUCGCCAUUAAAUAUGUAUUACCUGACAUGAAGUUAAAAGAACUUUUCCACUUUUGGUUUAAUUAUUCAACAAAAGCUUUUCACCAAUCAUUGAUCAAAGUUUGCAUUGAAAUUCUUGCCAAAGAGUUCAAGCAGUUAAUGACCAGUGCUGAAUGGGAAAGGGAGUGGCUGGAUUUGGACAGAGACCAGCUUGUUGAGUUUUUGAGAUCAAACGAACUCGUUGUUCCAAAUGAAUAUUUUGUUUGGGAGAGCGUUCUUAAAUGGUUGAACGCGCCAGCACAUCCAGAGAGAAGAGGAAAUACUUGUGCACCCCUGCUUGCCCAAAUCUUGCCCUAUAUUAGGUUUCCAUUUAUGACAGCUGAACAGCUAUACGCAAUAGAAGUUGAAGAACCAUUAAUUGUCAAGCUGCACGAAAAGCUUUUUAGGCCUUAUACACAUCUUGCCUUCAAGUUUAUUUCACUUCCACUUGCCAGUCGAGUUAAAUUAAUAAAUACUUCCAAUGAUACAAACGGCACACAAUUUCUGCUUAGAAAUUAUACCGAUAUUCAAUGGGAUAAGAAAAUGUAUAUAACAUCAGAACAGCUUCGCUUAAAAAAUCACGACCAUACUUUUAAAGUUACCUAUAAUCGUUUUUUAAACCCUAAUCUUUUCAGAUUUUCACCAAAUCAUCUUCUUUAA